AGCCAUACCAUUCACUAAACAAAUUUCAACCAACGCCCACCCUCUCCUCUCAUCAAGCUUCACAAGAUGGCUGCACCAUCAUGCUCGACGACCACCCAUGCUCCUCAGACCAGCAAUUCCGUCCCUAGCAGUAAGCAAUCCAAGUACUUCGCGGAAAUAUCUCAAAUGCUGUUCGUGUUUGGAGAGGUCAAAAAUCCAGACGAGCAAACUGUAAGAUAUAUCGAAGAUGUUGUUCGAUGUCAGGUCGCUGAAUUGGUCGUUCAAGCGCGUGGACUAGCUCAGAAACGUGGACUGAGAAUCCCAACCACCGAAGAUUUGAUAUUCUUGAUUCGACAUGAUCGAGCGAAAGUGAACCGAUUGAGGACGUAUUUAGGAUGGAAAGACGUCCGCAAGAAAGCGAGAGAAGAUGGAGUAGAUGAGAAGGACAUCGAGUCAUUCGAGCCCGAUCCAAACGGGGCUUCCAGUCGCUUGAAAUCCCAAAAGUUGAAGCUCAAGAUCCCGUGGGAAUUGAGCUCGAUUUAUAAUGACGUGUUGAUAGGAAAUGAAGAAAACGAUGAUGAAGAGGAAGAUCAAGAUGAUAAAGAAGCCUAUGAAGCUUCUGAAAAACGGUUGAGAGAAGCAGAUGAAAUCACUAGGCACAUGACGCGAGAGGAAUACCAGCACUACUCGGAUUGUCGACAAGCAUCAUUUACCUAUCGGAAGGCCAAACGAUUUCGAGAAUUCGUUGGACUUUCCAACUACAUCGAAGGUAAUCCGAAGGAUGAAGUGGUUGAUGUACUUGGAUUUUUAUCCUAUGAGAUGGUCCGGGUCCUAUGUGAAAAGGGACUUGCGGUCAAACGGGAUUAUGAACUGGCGCGGAUCGCACAGGGCGACGAUGGGGGAGUCCGAAAUGAAGACGCUCACAGCAGUAGUCCUAACAAGCGGAAAAGACGAUCGAACGGUACUGACAACUCGGAUGAACACUAUGAUGGAUCCGAAGCCUGGAAACGGCCCAAGCCGAUCGGCCCUUUCUCCGAACCGAUCAGCGGCCCUUCAAAGCAGUCUCAAAACGCGCCCAAUCUCACUAAAUCGUUCACAGAUGAUCCAUUCGAAGUGAUCGAAGAUCCUACCACAAAAUCUCAAAUCGAUAAACCUCAGGAGUCUGGAAAAGAAGUCGAAGGAUCCAGUACAGCCAGGAAAACAGACCCACAACCCCCAGCAGUCUCGGUUGAUAACAGAACUCCGUUGAAAGUGGCUGAUGUUGAAAAUGCUUACUCGUUGAUGCAGUCCGGAAGAGUCAAGGCUAAGAUGACGGCACUGAGGAACUUCACUGGCGCCUUUGUUAGGACCAAAGUCAGCUUGAUUUGAAACAAAACCACGCGUUCUAUCGUAUCUAUCAGAACUACAUUCCCUCGGUUUCAGUUUUUGUCGUCAUCCUCUACGCUUCCUCAAAUUACUUUCGUGCAAAUAUAUUCUCUGUUGUACUAGUGCCCUAUGGGCAAUUGGGUAUGUAUUUUUUCAAUCCAGUAAGCACAUGUGUUGUAGAAAUUUCACAUAUAACAAUUCUUCACAAGCUAUCGCGGGAAUCAGCCUUGGGUUGAUCAGUUUCAAAGCCUCUUGUAUCGGAUCAAGAUUCGCGACUUAUAUAUACAGUGUGGACAACAAUGCCAAUCAUUUGGGCCAAAAAAAAGAAUGAUAUCCUGCAUGAUUAUAAAUUUGACUGAGCUAAG